CUGUAGCCUCAGCCGCACACGUUCAACCCUCUCACCGUCCAGAACCGUUUUUUGUAGCUUAUUUCCACAACACUAGUUCUCUUAAUGCAUUAAUGGGCUGGACGUGCAGCUGUAUUCCUCUGACGGACCCCUGUUUCCUGCUAGUCGGUGUUGAAUGUGUGUGUUUAAUGCGGCCUGGCACAGUCUGGGAAUGAAAAUGUAACGAUAGCUGUGUGUUGUAGACAAGGUAGGUUAGCUGUUAGCAUUGAGCUAAUCGUGUGUAUGUGAGCACAAAGGCCGUGGACACUUUGACACAAUGUACCCUUCCUGGGGGAAUUAUGGAGCACCACAGUCGCAGAACUUCGGAGGGGCUGGAGCUGGUCCCCACAGGCCGGCCGGAGGUGGCGGACAGGCCGGCCAGGCACCGGGGUUCGGCGGCUUCGAGGCCUCGUCCGGCGGCUCUAUGUUCUCCAGUCUGCAGGAGCAGCACCGACAGCAGAUGCAGCAGCUGCAGAUGCUGCACCAGAAGCAGCUCCAGUCCGUGCUGCAUCAUGGGAGCAGUGGGAAUGCGUACGGAGGAGGACAGUCAGGUGGGUAUGCAGGUGCAGCAUGGCAUGCAGAAGGAGCAGGGCAUCCGGACAGCGGUGCUGGGGCUCAGUCAUUCUAUCAGAAAGAUGAGACUCCUACUCGUCCACCUGCUCCUCAGCCUGGUCCCCCACAGCCUCCUCUCCCUCCAGCGCAGCCGCACCCCAACGACCCCCAACCUGGUCCUCCUCCUCCUCCUCCAGAGCCCCCUUCAUCCAAACCACCAGAACACACCAGUGCUCCCAAAGAGGCCAACCAGAAAGAUUCAUCCACCACAGAGGAAGACAAGUCCUUACAUUUGCAGGAGCAACAGCAACGAUGGUACAAGCAACAUCUUCAAAAUCUACAAAAGUUGAAGCAAGAGAAAGCCAAGCAGAAUCAGAAAGAGGGGGAAGGUCCUUUGCCGCCACCACCCUCCGGCCAAGCGGUUCCUCCUCCUCCAUCAGAACCACAUAAAGGUGCACCUCCUCCACCCCCUCCAAAAGAGCAGCCCCCAGCACCACCUCCACCGCCUGACGAAGCAAAGCCUGAGGUCCAACAAGAUCCAGAGGAGGCUGCCCGCCUACAACAGUUACAGGCCGCAGCAGCACAGUGGCAAAAGGUGCAGCAACAGAGGGCAGGCUUACAAUACCAGGCUCUCAUGCAACAACACGAGAAACUUCAGCAGGUUCUGGAAAAAUACCAACAGCUGCUUCAGCAACCUACAAACCUUCAGACAAUGUCUGCUGAAACGCAGCUGAGGCACUAUGAAAUGCAACAACAGCAGUUCACCCCUUUAUUCCAAGACUGGGAUCACUCUUUCGUCCUGUGGUAUGAGCAGUUCAAGACCUAUCCCCACAAAGACCAAUUACAGGACUAUGAGCGCCAGUGGAAGCAGUGGCAGGAGCAGAUGAACGCCACCAAUGCCCACCUUAAAGAAAGGGUGGCCACUCUCACUGCCAUGGUGCCAUUCGCCUCAAGCCAGUAUACUAGUGGUAUGAUGGGACAAUUUGGCCAGUACCCUGGACAAGACACGCAAAUGCAGCAGCAGUCGGCAAAGCCGGCUAUGCAGAAUUCCCCACUUGGUGUUGGACCCAACUCUCAAGGUCCACGGCCCACUGGCUUUGGGACACCUUCAGAAUCACCUGCUGGACCCCCUGUGAGAGGAGCGGUCCCUGCUAGCAUAGGAGUCAGACCCCCAGGUCCCCCCACCAUUCAGCCACCAAGCUUCAGCGUCAGAGGUCCACGUCCUGUUGGUCCCAGCGGAAGCAACACCAGAUUGGACCAGCCACAGCAAGGUUUUGAUGGUCCUCCAAGAUUUGACCAGCCACAGCAGCGCUUUGAUUGUCCCCCAAGGUUCGACCAAUCACAGCAGCGCUUUGAUGGUGCUCCAAGGUUCGACAAACCACAGCAGCGCUUUGAUGGUGCCCCAAGGUUCGACAAACCACAGCAGCGCUUUGAUGGUGCCUCAAGGUUCGACCAACCACAGCAGCGCUUUGAUGGUGCCCAAAGGUUCGACCAACCACAGCAGCGCUUUGAUGGUCCCCCAAGGUUCAAUCAACCACAGCAGCGCUUUGAUGGCCCCCCUCGAUUUGACCAACCAAGGCAGCGCUUUGAUGGUCCCCCCAGAUUUGACCAACCACGGCAGCGCUUUGAUGGUCCAACCAGAUUUGACCAACCUCGAUUUGGACAGCAGCCUAGGUUUGAGCAGACCCCAAGGCUCUCUGGCCCCCCACCUCUUUUUGAACGCCCACCUGUGCCUCAGCAAAAACAACCGCAAGGUCCCCAAUCUAAGGCCCAACCAGCCACUAAACAACCUGCCAGUAUGGAUUCCAAAACUUCUGGAAAGUCAGCUGGGCCGCCACAGUCCGAAAAAGAAAAAGUUGAAUCAAAACCAGCUGGUAAGGCCAAUCCUGAUGAUUUAACAGACGACAACAUGCUCGGAACAGAGGGCUUUUUUGUCCAAAGUGACCCCAUUCCUCAGACAUUACAAACAAACCUAAAGACAGAGGAAUCGGAUGACAAUAAAGCUUCUAACAAUGACAAAAAACUCACACCUGGAAACAGCACCCCUUCUGUAACUGCCCCUUCUAGUGUGGCUUCAAAAAGUACUGCUGCACAAAAUCCCCUCAAAGCAGAUGGACCAAUGGCAAACAACAAACUCCCACUGGUUCCAAAGCCACCUGGAGUCCAACAGGAGCCACAAGCUUCUGGGCAUAUGCAGUCAAGACCAGAUCCUUCAAGGCUUCCCCCAGGGAGGGGACGUGGUCAGCCCCCAGUACCUGUGCAUGGACGAGGACGUGGGCAGAGGGGCCCUGGAGAGUUCAGGGGACCGAACACUGUAGCACUUCGGGAAGAGAUGGAAGAAAUGUCUUAUGACUACAUGCCACCUGGAGACAAUGUGGAGGUACCUGAAGAUCAGGAACAAUAUCACUGGCAAGAUUCUUCAUAUGAGCAGUGUGAUGGGGAGGAAUUGGAGGAGCCCCCUGAAGAAAUGUGGAUGCCAGACGGACAUCAAUUCUCAGCAGAGGAAGAGUAUUAUGAAGGGCCAAUAGGAGGACCCCCCAUGGGCAGAGGAGGACCCCACAUGGGCAGAGGAGGUCAACCUAUGGGAAGAGGAGGUCAACCUAUGGGAAGAGGAGGUCCACCUAUGGGUAGAGGGGGACCGCCUAUGGGCAGGGGGCCUCCUAUGGGCAGAGGGGGACUGCCUAUACCUCCUAUGGGCAGGGGGGGACCUCCUAUGGGCAGAGGGGGACCGCCUAUACCUCUUAUGGGUAGGGGUGGUCUGCCUAUGGGCAGAGGGGGACCUCCAAUGGGUAGAGGGGGACUGCCUAUGGGGAGAGGGGGACCAUCCAUGGGAAGAGGAGGGCCAAUGGACAGGCACUGGGAAGAACCUGAGUCAGCAGAUUACUCAGAGGAAGGGGAUCCUUACUGGGGAGAAAUGAGACCUCCAAUGAGAGGCAUGAGACCCCCGUUUCCACCUGGCCGGGGUCGUCCCCCACGUGGUCAUCCUGGUUUUAUGCACCAGGGACGAGGACGCCCCCCUCACCCAGCACAUGGGCCAAUGGAUCAUGAACCAUUAGGCCAUGGAAUGGACAUUGAUGAUACCGAAAUGGAUCCAAUGCACCGUGGAUAUGAUCCUCAUGGCCAUCCAAUGCAUUCUGACGUAGGAAGAGGCAGGCAUCGUGGGCCACCACCACCACCUCACGAAAUGAUAGAUCCCAUGGAGGAGCCAUUGCACAAUGAAGGCAUUGAGUUAGGGUGGCAACCGCCGCAUGGCAGAGGCCCUCCUAUGCCUCCACAUGAGAUAAUCGAUUCAGGAGGAAUGAGGAGGAGACCUAUGGGUCGAGGGAUGGCAAGAGGCAUGUGGCGGCCAGGUCCAACACAUGACGAAUAUGAAGAGAGACAUAAUGAGGGUUUUGUGGAAGAUUAUGGUCAUGGGCAGCAUGGUUAUCACUGGCGGCCACCACAGGACUAUCCUCCUAAUGACUAUGGGAAUGACGGCAAGUACUAUGGGUCUGAAUGGGACGGAGACCGUGCUCCUCCUGAGAGGGACUAUCCCCCUCGCAUGCCACCAUCAGAGCCUCACAGAGAUGGCCAUUGGCCAGAGGAAAGAGAAAGGGGUAAGCCAUAUCCUCCUGGUGAUCAUGAUAGGGGAAGAGGAGAACUUAGAAUUCGUGAGUAUGGGGCUGAGCCACCGUACCGGCAGGAAGAACCAUCAUACCCACAACCCGCAGCACCUUCAGAAUGGGAUAGGCCUUCAAGACUUCAUCCACCACCAGAGAGAGGCUAUCCUGCUGAGUAUGAGGAUCGCAGAGGUCGUUAUGAAGAGCACAGGCAAGAGCCUCCUUUGGAUACACGGCCACCUCUAUCUCCCGCCGCAGGUGUCACAAACUUGCCGGAGAGCUCAGUUGAUCCGGCAUCACAAGGAGCAAGUGGGGCUAACGUACUUGCUCUCUCCCAACGUCAGCAUGAGAUCAUCUUGAAAGCUGCUCAGGAGCUCAAACUUAUAAGGGAGUUGCAGGAGGGGAAAACACCUUGUACUGAACCUCAGCCUGUACCAACUGAAGUCCUGUCUGAGCUUCCUGCUGGUCUUCUUGGUUUGGAGAUCCCACCAGACGUCAGGAAUGUUCUGAAGGGCAUGACUGUGGCAUCACAGACAGCUGUAACCAAACCUGUGUCUUGGGAUACAAAACCUGCUGCUACAGAUUACCAGCCAUCUCUCACCAAACCCUCAAUGAUUCCAAAGACUGUGGAUUAUGGGCAUGGGCACGAUCCCGGAGCCACUGUUGAGCGGAUCUCUUAUGGUGAGAGAAUUGUGUUGAGGCCUGACCCGGUACCAUCAGACAGGGGCUAUGAAAAAGAACCUCUUGGUCCCAGAGAUCCUUACAGCAGAGAUCCAUAUUAUGAAAGACGAUCAGAUCCUUAUAUGGACCGCCGGGAGUACAGCCGAGAGCGGGAAUCAUACAGAGAUAAGCUGCCACCUGAAUAUGAAAGAGACAGAUAUGAGAGGGAGCGAUAUCCCCCACGAGAGAGAGAUGACAGAUCUCCGCUGGCACCUCCUCCACGCUCAGGGUACAGGGAGAGGGAGCGGGACCUUCGAGAGAGGGAUAGAAGUGACAGUCGCGAUCGAGACGACCAUUACGGAAGGCCUGGCUAUGAUCGACCUCUGUACGAGCGCAGCGGACUGGACCGCAGUGGACUGGACCGCAGUGGGCCUGAGCGUUACGGACAUAGCUCCUCUCCUUACGACCGAAGAAGUUAUCCAGAGGACCGAGGGCCUCCGACUGCACCACCCCUCCCACCUCCACCUCAGCCACCCCCACGAGUCGAGAGGAAGCCAGAAAGCAAGAAUAUUGACGAUAUCCUCAAACCACCUGGCAGAUCAUCUCGCCCUGAAAGGAUUGUCAUCAUAAUGCGAGGGCUUCCAGGAAGCGGAAAAAGUCAUGUUGCAAAGCUCAUACGGGAUAAGGAAGUCGAUUGUGGCGGUGCACCUCCAAGAGUUCUUGUUUUGGACGAUUAUUUCAUGACAGAGGUUGAGAAAGUACAUAAAGAUCCAGACACGGGGAGAAGGAUCAAAAAGAAGAUUCUUGAGUACGAGUAUGAGCCAGAGAUGGAAGAUACCUACCGGAACAGCAUGCUUAAAACAUUUAAGAAAACUCUGGAUGACGGCUUUUUCCCCUUCAUCAUUUUGGACACUAUUAAUGACAGGGUUAAACAUUUCGAUCAGUUCUGGAGCGCAGCCAAGACGAAAGGCUUUGAGGUGUAUCUUGCUGAAAUCACUGCAGACACUCAGACGUGUGCAAAGAGAAAUGUCCAUGGGCGCUCUCUGAAGGAUAUAUUAAAGAUGUCCAACAACUGGGAGCCUUCACCACGUCAUAUGGUGCGCUUGGAUGUCCGGUCCCUGCUUCAGGAUGCUGCUAUAGAGGAGGUUGAAAUGGAAGACUUCAAUCCUGAUGAUGAGCCCAAGGAGAUGAAGAGAGAGGAGGAGGAAGAGGGCGAUCUGGGCUACAUUCCAAAAAGCAAAUGGGAGAUGGACACGUCCGAGGCGAAACUUGACAAGCUGGACGGUCUGGGGAGCGGUGGGAAGAGGAAACGUGAAGACAUGGAGCACCUGGAGGACUACCUUCAGCUGCCAGACGACUAUGCCACGCGCAUGUCGGAACCAGGAAAGAAAAGGGUGCGUUGGGCGGAUCUGGAAGAGCAGAAGGAAGCGGAUCGAAAGCGCGCGAUCGGCUUUGUGGUGGGUCAAACGGACUGGGAGAGAAUAACGGACGAGAGCGGACAGCUGGCACAAAGAGCUCUCAACCGUACCAAGUAUUUCUAAGAAGAUAAUCUUAUCCCCCUUUUUCCCUUCAUUGAAAGGUUUCCAGAAUGUGAAAACACUGAAGCUUACUUUUGGUGAAACAAGAGACUCAUCCAUACCACCAAUGGUUAGCAAACUCUUAGUUAUCUCAUUGAUUAUGAUGCAGUAUAGUUUUUUUUCUCAUUUUUAAACAGUCACUCUGGUUAUUCUCUGAUCAAUUUGUAGUUUAUAACUCUGUGCUUCUUCUGGUCAUGUUUUCUGUAAUCAGCUAUGAUACUUGCUGUUUUAUACUCUUCAGGCUUUCUGUACCGUUUACUUGUAGCAAUGUUUUCUGAUCCAUGUAUACUUGAAAAAACACAAUAAAACAGUCACA